GGCGGUAAUGCAACAACGCGGGGGUGAAAGAAACACCGUUUGAACCAAAGAAGAAGAGGACUGUGCGUUGUGUAUUUCCGGUGAUCGAAAAUGGCUCAAGGUUCGCAGAAGUUUAAAGCUAAGCGGCCAGGAGCCUCCAAGAAACACCAAACAAACAAACAGAAAGGACCGAAGAAAGGAGGGAGGACCAUUGCGCCUAAGAAGGCUCAAGUGGUUGAGCAGCAGAAGCUGAAGAAGGGUCUAGAGGUUGCGAUCAGGAACAAGAUUGAGCAGGAGGUGACCCAGAAGGCGAGCUUAUCCCUCCACAAACCACUGAGUGUGGUUAAAGGGGCUGAACGUAAAGGCAACCCAGGAGCAGCCCGUCCAGAAACCAGCUCCAAAUAGGACCUGAUACACAGCUGCACACCUACAGAGCUUAGGCUGAAUGUGCUAAACCUAAGGACUUAGUCAUGGGUCCAGUGACCCACUUUGACCUGAUAUGACCCAGAUUUAAGAUGCACGCCAGCUCUCCUAUUAUUUUUAAUUCCUGAAUGUCUCAGUUGCCUUCAGGUAUACGGAAAUCGUCAGUCAUUCUUGUACAGAUGUCAAUUAAUAAUUUUUCAGUUUACCAAAAAUGAUAUAAAAUAAGAGAACAGUCACUCUGGAUAUGAUUUGCGCCCCUGGCUGCUUGCCAUCGUGUUUGAUGUGGUAUUUGAUUAAAUACAGGGGCCUUACAUGGUGAACACGUA